AUGGAUAAUCAGAUAACAGAAUGGGAUCGAACUAUGAAAGAGCUUGCAGCACCAGAUGUGGCUUAUAAGUACUCAUGCAUCACUUAUCCAGAUUUGGCAGGAGAUUUUGAACUCAGAUCAGGACUUAUUCAUCUGCUUCCCAAAUUUCAAGGCUUAUCAGGAGAGGAUCCCAACCGCCAUCUACAUGAAUUCCAUGUGGUUUGUUCAACCAUGAAGCCACAAGGGAUAUCAGAAGAAGACAUUAAGUUGAGGACUUUUCCAUUUUCUUUGACGGGAGCAGCUAAAGACUGGUUAUAUUGCCUUCCAUCUGGAUACAUUACAAGUUGGAUUGAUAUGAAGAGAGCAUUUUUGGAGAAAUUUUUCCUCGCUUCUAGGACUGCAACAAUUAGGAAGAGCAUUUGUGGUAUUCAACAAGUAGUGGGAGAGACUCUUUAUGAUUAUUGGGAGAGAUUCAAGAAGCUGUGUUCGAGUUGUCCACAACAUCAAAUUAGUGACCAGCUCCUUGUUCAAUAUUUUUAUGAGGGUUUACUUCCCAUGGAUAGGAGCAUGAUAGAUGCAGCAGCUAGAGGAGCUUUGGUGAAUAAGACUCCAAAUCAAGUAAGAGAGCUAAUUUCAAAUAUGGCGGAAAACUCACAGCAAUUUGGGAGUAGACCUCUUGGUACUAGAGUGGUUAAUGAAACUCAUUUGGUUUCAACUGAACAACAAGAAAUUAGGAACAAUUUGCAAGAAUUGACUUCUCUAGUAAAGCAGAUGGCGUUGCAAAAUUCGAGUCAUGUUUCCAAUUUUCCUUUACCAAUGAUGAAGUUGUGUGGAAUUUGUUCAAGCCAAGAUCACUCUUCGGAUCAUUGUCCUAAUCUACAUCAAGAUGAAUCAGUUGCGGCCAUUUCAAGACCUCAAUUUCAGCAACACAAAUAUGAUCCCAACUCUUCAACUUACAAUCCGGGAUGGAGGGAUCAUCCUAAUUUGAGGUAUGGGAAUGCAUUUUUCAGCAACAACCACAAGCGCAGACUCAUUAGCCAUAUUAUCAGCAUCAACAGAAUCAACAUUAUUACCAGAAUCAUCCAACAGGACAUUCUCAGCAAUUUCAGCAAUAUCAGCAGCCUCAAUUUUAGCAAAACUUUAGCCAAAAUCAGCAAUUUCAACCAUACCAGAAUUUCCAGCAGCCUAGUAAUGCAGAUCAGCACCAAUCUCAGCUUGCACUGCCUUCUUCUAUAA